UCGUCUCGCAUCACGACAACCUCCAGCCCACAACCGCCAAUUCGACCGCCACUCCCUACGCAACCCACCAAUUCCGCGCCAAAACACCCCCGACGAUGUUCUCCUCCACCUUCCGCGCUGCGGCCCGCGCACCCACCUCGACCUUCGCACGCAGCUUCUCGUCCACCCGCCCCUCGCAGGUCGCGCGCAUGACCGUCAUUGGCCGUCUCGGUGUUGCGCCAGAAGAAGUCACCGUCUCUGGCGACAGGACGCUUGUGCGCUACGUAGUGGGAACGAGCUACGGCAAGGGCGAGGACAAGAAGACCAGCUGGUUCCGGAUUGCGAGUUUCGUACAGGGCGCGCAGAAGGACUUCUUGAUGAAUGUGCCCAAGGGAUCGAUGCUCUAUGUUGAUGCGGAUGCGCGCAUGGAGACAUAUCUUGACAGCGAGGGCAACAAGAAGAGCAAUUUGAGCUUGGUCGCACGCAACUUUGAUGUCUUGUCUCGGCCUCGUACUGAGGAUACGGAAACUAACGACGAGGGGCUGGUUCAGGAAGCUUCUGGUUAAAUGUGCAGGUUUGAAGGGCUCCUUCGUCUUCGACCAUUAUGUUCCAUGAUUGCAGUUCUUUCACGACAGCUCCGAGUGGCAAGUGUUGGCUGCGGGGUAGAGAAGUUUCGAGGAGACACAUCUUUGCGCGGUGCUGUAGGAUCUCCUUGUGGAUUUUCUUUUUACGAUAUUCAAAUGUACGACUAUGGGCUCACAGUUCACUUUGUAAGAUCUCUACUCUAGGAGUGGCGUGGCUUGGAAUUAACGGAAUGAUACCUUUUUCUUCAA